CCAUGUUUUUUGUAGUAAAAAUGUUAAAGAGUCUAGGUUGCAUUGCUUUGCGUCCUCCUGGAUUUGUUUAUCCAGGCCAGGCAAGUAACUAAGCUAAGCAGAGUUGAAGCCCGAGGUGGAACACCAAAAAAUGUCUGUCUCUGUUCCUUUGCAAACGCCAACUUCUCUAAUCUCUCGCACAGGGCCUAAACUAUGUUUUCACAACCAAAAGUACCUGUGCCCAACAUCACUGAAGAGAAAGAGAAACCACCUCCGUUAUGAUCGGAUUCCUACUCCUUUGAGAACCUUCAAAUGCUCCUCCCAGAGACAGUCGGCUGAUCAGGCCCAAGAGUAUGAAUUUGAGAGGCUCUUUUCAAACCUCAACCAAGCCACGCUCAAGAGAGAACCUGGAAGUUUAUCCAGUGCAAUAUUCCUGGUGGCGGGUACCACGGUGGGUGCAGGGAUCCUGGCCAUUCCUGCAGUGACACAAGAAUCUGGAUUUUUGGCCUCUGCUGUUGCUUGUAUUCUUUGUUGGAUUUUCAUGGUAGCAACCGGGCUGCUCAUUGCUGAAGUUAAUGUCAACACAAUGUGUGAACUGGGUUCUGGUGGUGUUUCACUGGUAUCUAUGGCCAGGAGAACUCUUGGAUCUGUUGGAGUUCAAAUUGCUUGUUGGUCAUACAUAUCUAUACAUUACGCCCUUCUUGUUGCCUAUGUGGCUCGUUCUUCAGAUAUCUUGACAAAUUAUCUUGGCAUUCCAUUAUGGGAAAGUGCAACAUUGUUCUCAUUGGUCUUGGGAGGCAUAUGCUACUUUGGAAGCCAGCGCUUUAUUGGUGCCAUUAAUGGGAUUCUUGUGCUCGGAAUCAUUGCUUCUUUCGCUGCUCUUGUGGCUGUUGCAAGUGGAGGCCUAGAAUGGGAUAGUCUUCUGAAAGCAAACUUCGAAGCUGUUCCUAUGAGUAUACCAAUAAUUGCUCUGUCAUUUGUUUACCAGAAUGUUGUACCAGUUCUCUGUACAAAUCUUGAAGGAAACAUGUCAAAAGUAAGGACUGCUAUUGUCCUAGGCACAGCUAUACCGCUUGGUUUAUUUCUUGUCUGGAAUGCUGUUAUUCUAGGAUCUAUUACAAAUCUUGAAAUGGGCACUGAUAAGAUGAUAGACCCACUGCAACAAUUACGAUCUAGUAAUGGAGUUGUUGGACCAAUAAUCGAGGUGUUCUCGCUUUUUGCAAUUGCAACUUCUUAUAUUGGGUUUGUUUUGGGCCUUUCAGAUUUCCUGGCUGACUUGCUGAAACUUCCGACCGGUAAGAAUAGACCUCAACCCUAUCUCUUGACUUUGAUUCCGCCCCUCGGACUUGCUUUGCUAGACCCAGAGAUCUUUUUUAAAGCCUUGGACUUUGCAGGAACAUAUGGAGUACUAGUAUUGUUUGGAAUUCUUCCUGCUGCAAUGUCUUGGUUAGAUCGGUACUCCAAUUCAUCCAAUUCAUCGACAUCUUUGAAACUGCCAGAGCUUGUUCCUGGAGGAAGGCUUACGCUUACUCUGGUAAUGGGAUGUGCAGGAGGGGUCAUUCUUACAGAAGUACUUAAGAACUUCGGGCACCCAUGAUUGUCAACAAUACUUAAUCUUUUGUGCAGUAAACUGAAGUAAAUAUAAUGUACUUGAAUUGCAUUUCCGAAGAGUUUCACCAAUUUAAAUUUGUUCUUUCCUUUUGCCUUCAAUACUACUUUUCGUUGCUAUUAAUCUUAAUUGGAGGAUGAUGAGGGUUGAUUGA